AUGACGCCUAUUACGUCCCUUCUGGCAAUUCUAAACCUGGCAACCCUCGCUGAUGCCCUCAAGCGCAUCACCACUCUCAAGGCCGCCACCAAGAUCACCGCCGACGCCCCGUCUGCGGCCUCCGCGCCCCUGGCGCCCCUGGCCUGCGCCCCCGAGCCCAACUCAACUGGGGCCUCCACCGACCCCGUCCCUCAUGCCGCCGCCGCUGACGCACCCACGGCCUGUAAGGCCAGCUGGUUUGUGCGCGCGGUCUCUGGCCUCAAGGACAAGUGGCGCGCCCUGACAGCCGCCGCCGCCGCCACCAAGACCCCUGCUGCUGCCGAAAAGCAUGUGCCCACGUCGCGCACGGCCAGCGCCACCUCCACCACCUCCACCUCCAGCAAGAGCAACACCACCCAGGCCGCUGCCGCCGCCCCCCCUGGUGACGACGCACGCGCCCCCGAGGCCCCGAAGAAGGCCAACUGGUUUGCGAGCGCAAUUGCCACCGCCGGGGCCAAGUGCGGCGCCGCGUGCGACUCUGUCACGGCAUCGUGGCGUGCGACCGCCGCCAAGGCCUCGGCCGCGCUCACCCCCAAGCGCAAGGCCCCGCACAAGAAGAGCCGCGGCCGCAAGGCUGACAUCAAGACCUCCUCUCUGCUCUCUGUCGCCGCGGCUGGCCCCAUCGACAACGACAGCCCCGCCCCUGCCGCCUCUGCCGCCGCUGACGACGCCGCCGUGCUUGUGAGCGUCGGCGUCUCCGCCGCCCCCGAGCCCCCAGUCGCAGCGCUGAAGCCCGGCUUGAAGAUCAGCACGGCCGCCUCUUCCAGACGCAGCCGCCCAGACCAGGCGGCGGCGGCAGCAGAGGCGGCGGGUGGCGAGGCGGCAGUGGCCUGCUAA